AGGUUACAUUCGCGAGCGGAGCCGAGCGCGGGAGACCGGACCCGAGAGGCUAGCGGCUGGUUCGGCGCGGGUCGGCGGGCGGCCGACUGCCCCAGAUCCCCCACCAGCAUCACAUAGCCCCCCACCCCCGCCCUGCGCCAACCUCCGCCCCAACCAAGGACUCCCGACACCAGCAUGGACUGCUGCACCGAGAGCGCCUGCUCCAAGCCGGACGAUGACAUUCUAGACAUCCCGCUGGACGAUCCCGGCGCCAACGCGGCCGCUGCCAAAAUCCAGGCGAGUUUCCGGGGCCACAUGGCGCGGAAGAAGAUAAAGAGCGGAGAGCGCGGCCGGAAGGGCCCGGGCCCUGGGGGACCAGGCGGAGCUGGGGGCGCCCGGGGAGGCGCGGGCGGCGGCCCCAGCGGAGACUAGGCCAGAAGAACUGAGCAUUUUCGAAGUUCCCGAGAAGAGAUGGAUGCCGCGUCCCCUUCGCAGUGACGAGACUUCCCUGCCGUGUUUGUGAUCCCCUCCUGCCCACCGACCUGCCAGCUACAGGAGCCCCCCUGCGUCCCGGAGACUCCCUCUCCCAGGCAGGCUCCGUCGCGGAGUCGCUAAGUCUGUGCCCUUUUAGUUAGUUCUCCAGUCUCAUUGGUCCCCAUUUGCCCUUCCUUUCCACCCUCCCCUAAACCUUGCGCUCCCAAAUCUUACUUCUUUUGCUUCUCGCCCACCUUUCCCCCCCCCGCACCCAGCAUGCAUCUCCGCCUCCGCAGCCUCGGUGCGCUUCCCUGCGCGCACUGCGGGGGGCGCCCUAAGCGUCACCCAAGUACACUCGGUUUUUUAAAAACAAGCCCUUUCGUUUUGUGCGCAGCUGAAAGGGGCGCCCUGCGUUCCCUGUGCCGCUAAGUCUGGGACUUUGGAUGUGGGGCGAAGAAAAAAGGGAAGAGGGUUUGUAUGGUAUUGGAUGCUCCUUGCUCUGGAUCGGAAGAGAAGUCCCCAGCCCACACCUGCCUGUCAUGUUCCCUCCCCCUUCCCCAGCGCACUCUUGAGAGCAGCCGCUCCAGCUCUCCUGUUUAUGCAAACGCCGAGCGCCUGGGAGGCUCGGUAGGAGGAGUCUUCCGCGGCCCCGCCCCUCCCGGCCCCGCCCCCGCCGGGCUCCUGGGGCUGUGGCCGGAAGGUUUUUAAUCUCCGUGUGUGCAUGUGACUGUGCUGGGUUGGAAUGUGAACAAUAAAGAGGAAUGUCCAAGUA